AAAUAUCCAAUGAACUCAGGGAUUUCUGUUCCCACAUUUCCAUAGUCCAUACAGAGAUUGUAGAAGUAACGGAUACAAUAUGAGUGGCUUAAUUCCAAUCUUCUGAAGAUUCAUAAUCGCUUUAUACAAUUAACAUUUUUUUUUAUAUUUAUGCAUCUGUCCAUUUAAGAUUAUGAACCGUCAUUACUCCACUUAAACUGCUUGAUUCAACUUAUCUACUCCACGUUUCUCAGCUCCACUGCGCAUGUCUCAGCCAGACCAUGACGGAGACGGCUGGUGUGUUGCUCACCCUAACACACAAGAGCACACGUUUGCUGUCCUGAGACCCUCAGGGGACCACCAAGGAAGAGGCCAGACUCCAGUGGGCAUCUCUCAGGUAGACCAUCAUGGAGACGGCUGGAGUGCUCAUCCACCUGACACACAAGAGCACACCUUUUCUGUCCUGAGACCCUCAGGGGCCCACCAAGGAAGAACACCGACUCCAGUGGGCGUCUCUCAGGUAGAUCAUCAUGGAGACGGCUGGAGUGCUCAUCCACCUGACACACAAGGUACUUCUUGUGGGAGACAAGAAAAUCCAGUCUUGAGUACUGUAACAAAUCAAUGUACACCUGUAGAAAGGGCAAUUCUGGAAACACUAGAGAAAAUGGACAUGAGGAUCAACCAUCUGACUUCACUGGUCCAGUCUCUAGUGGGGAACAGGCGUAUUGUACCCCAAAUGCAGAUGGCUGAAGAGGAAGAGGGUGGUGUCUUUCCUCUAGCAUCUACUGCAGACCUAGAUAGGCUGGAACAAAGACUGGCAGACAGAGGGUUUAUGCAGAGAAUGGUGAACAGAUUAUCCAUCAGUGGCGGGCCGAGCAUGAAGAAAACAGUAUGGAGGAUUUGCUCCAAGGUGUUCUCCACUGACGUCGCCCGGCAGUUGAACUGGUGCGGGAGGGGAGACAAGAGAGGGAUCCGAAAAACACACAUCGGAGCACUCCUAAUAGGUAAGUUCAAUAAUGUUACACAAAUACAAACAAUAGAAUUAACGGCGGAUCUGUCAGAACAACUAAAAAUAAUGUAUAACCAGUUUCAAAUUGGUUAAACAUAAUCUGACGUG